UUCUUGUCACCAAAGAAAAGUUUUAGAGAGAGAAAGAGAAAAUCCUCUUUCUAUAUCUCUCUAUAAAUUCACUCCAGAGAAAGAUAAAGGGAGAAGAGAGUAUUUGGAGCUUUUGCGUUUCGAAUUCUCAUUCUCUUCGGUUUCGGUUCCGUUCUGAUCGCUUUCUUCGAGAACUAUGCAUCUCUACAAUGCGUGGCUUCCGCCGCCGGUCGCCGGCGAGACUCGCCGGGAGAAGGAGUCGUUCUCCCGCGUCGUUGCCUCCGUCAGGAGCUCUUACCGCUCCGACGACCCCGAUUCCGUCUACUCCACGCUCAAAUGGGUCUCUGUCGUCGACCUUUUCAUAAAGGCAAAAAGUGAAGUAUCUUUGGAAGAUGUGAAUGCUAUUAGCGAGGUUGGGUUAGAAUUGUUCCACAUGUCAGAAAACAAGCUUUAUGCCCAGGUUAGAUGGGGAAAUGUUCUGAUUAGAAUACUCAAUAAGUACCGAAAGAAAUUGUCAUUGAAAGUUCAGUGGCGGCCAUUCUAUGAUACUCUGGUACACACACAUUUCACCAGGAAUACUGGACCAGAAGGAUGGAGACUCAGACAACGGCAUUUUGAGACUAUUACUUCUCUUGUUCGGUCCUGUAGGAGGUUCUUCCCACCAGGUUCUGCACGCGAGAUAUGGUCUGAGUUUAGAUCUUUAUUGGAGAAUCCAUGGCAUAAUUCAUCCUUUGAGGGAUCGGGGUUUGUGAGGCUCUUUCUUCCAACGAACUCGGACAACCAAGAGUUCUUUUCAGAGGACUGGGUUAAGGAGUGUAUUGCCGUGUGGGAGUCUACACCAAAUUGCCAAUUUUGGAACAGUCAGUGGGCAGCCAUUAUAGCUCGUGUCAUAAAGAACUACAACCAUAUCGAUUGGGAGCCAUUCUUACUCAUGCUUUUCACUAGAUAUUUAAAUAUGUUUGAGGUUCCAGUGGCAAAUGGAAGUGGAUCAUACCCUUUCUCUGUUGAUGUCCCCAGAAACACAAGGUUUUUGUUUUCCAAUAAAACAAUGACCCCAGCAAAGGCCAUUGCAAAGUCAAUUGUUUUCUUAUUGAAACCCGGUGGCUCAACACAGGAACACUUUGAGAAAUUGGUCAACCUCUUAGAACAGUACUAUCAUCCCUCUAAUGGUGGUCGAUGGACCUAUUCAUUAGAGCGCUUUUUGCUGCAUCUUGUAAUAUCAUUCCAGAAACGUCUACAGCAUGAACAAUUGAACACACGUGCAAACAAUCUAGGAAGAUCAGAAAGGACUUCCUUUGUCAAUGUGCUGCUAAAGUUGAUUGAUCGUGGCCAGUAUAGCAAAAAUGAACAUCUUUCUGAGACGGUUGCUGCGGCGACUUCGAUUUUGUCAUAUGUUGAGCCUUUUUUAGUCCUUCCUUUUGUUGCAUCUCGGUUCCAUAUGGCCUUAGAAACGAUGACUGCCACCCAUCAACUAAAAAUUGCUGUGAUGUCAGUAGCAUUUGUCGGGCGUUCACUAUUUCUCACGUCCCUGUCAGCUUCUGCAGUAAAACCUGUUGAUGUUGGUGGUGAUGGUGAGGAAUUCAUUGAUCUUAUGAUGGUUUCUCUCUCCAAUGCAUUGCUUGGUAUGGACGCCAAUGAUCCUCCUAAAACCUUGGCAACCAUGCAAUUAAUUGGUUCUGUGGUUUCCAAUUUGGCUUCUUUGAAUGACAAUAUCGGUGAGCUACCCUUCAUGCCUGUGAUUCGCUUUUCUGAAUGGCUGGAUGAGUUCUUGUGCCGCCUAUUUUCCUUGCUUCUACACUUGGAGCCGAGCAGUGUCAUAAAUGAAGGUCUACAUUCAUCAGCAACAUCAGGAACUUUUCUGGUUGAGGACGGUCCAUACUAUUACUGCAUGCUUGAGAUCUUGUUUGGAAGACUUUCACAACCAUUGUUUAAUCAGGCCUUGAAGAAGAUUUCCAAGUUUGUUAGAACCAAUAUUCUUCCUGGGGCAAUUGCAGAGGUUGGACUGCUUUGUUGUGCAUGUGUUCAUACAAAUCCGGAAGAGGCAGUCACUCACCUUGUUGAGCCAACUUUGUUGUCUGUAAUGUCGUCUUUAAAAGGGAUACCCGUUACUGGAUUUGGUGGAAGAGGAGUAUCAGAUUCAUCUACUUCAACCAAGGGAAAACCCACAAUCUCUCCAGCUCUUGAAACAGCAAUUGAUUAUCAAUUGAAAAUAUUAUCAGUUGCCAUCAGUUAUGGAGGUCCUGUGCUUCUACGCUACAAGGAUCAGCUCAAAGAAGCCAUCAUUUCUGCUUUUGACUGCCCGUCUUGGAAGAUCAAUGGAGCUGGAGAUCACCUUCUGCGAUCCCUCCUUGGAAGCCUGGUUCUUUAUUAUCCUAUUGAUCAGUAUAGGUGUGUUUUGCCACACCCAUAUGCUGCUGGAUUAGAGGAAUGGAUCAGCACCAAAGAUUAUUCUGAUGAUAAACACUUGGCUCCCAAGUGGCAUAUCCCAAGUGCCGAAGAAGUUCAGUUCGCAAAUGAGCUUUUGGACCUUCAUCUUCGUUCGGCUCUGGAUGAUCUUCUUAGAAUAUGUCAAACUAAAAUUCAUUCUGAUCCAGGAGAUGAGAAAGAUCACUUGAAAGUGACCCUUUUGCGCAUAGAUUCUUCGUUGCAAGGUGUUUUGUCUUGCUUGCCGGAUUUCAUUCCAACCUCUAAAAAUGGCACAGUUGAAGAUCUGGGGAAUGCUUUUUUAAUAGCUGGGGCAACUGGUUCAAGUGUUGGCAGCAUUGAAUUAAGGGAAAAGGCUGCAGAGAUUAUACAUACUGCCUGCAAAUACUUAGUAGAGAAAAAAUCGGACGACAGCAUCCUGUUGAUCCUCAUUAUUCGUAUCAUGGAUGCUUUGGGAAACUAUGGAAGUCUGGAGUAUGAUGAAUGGGCAAAUCAUAGGCAGGCUUGGAAGUUAGAAUCUGCCGCUAUUAUAGAACCUCCAAUAAAUUUUAUUGUCUCAUCACAUUCUAAAGGAAAAAGAAGGCCUAGGUGGGCACUUAUUGACAAAGCAUACAUGCACAAUACAUGGAGAUCAUCACAAUCAUCAUAUCAUCUAUUUCGCACUAGCGGGAAUUUCAGUCCGCCGGACCAUGUGAAUUUGUUGUUGGAUGAUCUGCUGAAUCUCUCUUUGCAUAGCUAUGAAACUGUUCGUGCGCUUGCUGGGAAAUCUCUUUUGAAGAUGAUAAAGAGAUGGCCGUCUAUGAUUUCAAAGUGUGUCGUCACACUCACUGAGAACUUACGGAAUACAAACUCACAAGAAUAUGCGGUUCUAGGCUCUUGUGCAGUCCUUGCCACACAAACAGUUCUCAAGCAUGUGACAACGGACCCAAAGGCAUUUUCUUCAUUUAUUCUUGGGAUUCUUUCAAGCUCUCAUCAUGAAUCACUGAAAUGCCAGAAAGCAAUCAAUGAGCUUUUUGUCAAAUACAACAUCCACUUCUCUGGAGUAUCUAGGAGCAUUUUCAGGAUGACGAAUGACCAUUUAGACGGGCAAGAUUUUUCAGAUUUGGUUUCUCAGAUUGGUUCCAUGAGUUUUGAUUCUAUUGGCUUGCAUUGGAGGUACAAUCUAAUGGCUAAUAGAGUUCUACUCCUGUUGGCUAUGACAUCCAGAAACGACCCAAAUUCCUCUUCAAAAAUUUUGAGUGAAGCUGCUGGUCAUUUCUUAAAAAAUUUAAAAAGUCAACUUCCUCAAACAAGAAUCCUUGCCAUUUCCGCUUUGAACACACUGUUAAAAGAGUCCCCUUAUAAACUCUCAGCUGAAGAACAGACUCUUUCUCUUGGGAAUUUGCAAGAAAAUAGAAAAUCAUCCCUUGAAGGAGAAUUAACUCAAAUUUUUAUGGAAGAGGGGUUUUUUAACGAGACUUUGAAUAGUCUUUCUCAUGUUCAUAUCACUACAGACGAAAGCGCAUCUUCCAGAGGAAAUUAUGGAAAUUCUUCUUUUCAGAGCCUAGCAGAUAAAUCCAUCACUAGAUUUUAUUUUGAUUUUUCUGCUUCUUGGCCACGCACUCCUAGUUGGAUAUCUUUAUUAGGUACUGAUAACUUUUACUCAAACUUUGCACGGAUUUUUAAGCGGUUAAUACAAGAAUGUGGCAUGCCCGUUUUAUUGGCACUUAAAAGCUCAUUGGAAGAGUUUGCAAUUGCCAAGGAGAGGUCUAAGCAAUGCGUUGCUGCGGAAGCAUUUGCCGGGGUGUUGCACUCUGAUGUAAAUGGUCUUGUAGAAGCAUGGGACAGCUGGAUGAUGGUACAGUUGCAAAAUAUCAUUCUAGCACAGUCUGUAGAAUCAAUACCUGAGUGGGCAGCUUGUAUACGUUACGCGGUUACUGGAAAAGGAAAAUAUGGAACUAAAAUUCCUCUUUUGAGGCAGCAAAUAUUGGAUUGUUUAGCCGCACCUUUACCUCCAACAGUAACUACCACUAUAGUUGCCAAGCGCUAUGCUUUUCUUUCGGCUGCACUUAUUGAAGUAUCCCCACAGAAGAUGCCGGUAACUGAAAUACGGCUCCACUUAAAACUUCUGGAUGAGCUGCUUGGUAAUAUGUGUCAUUCAUCUGCUCAAGUAAGGGAAGCUAUAGGUGUUGCCCUUUCUGUGUUAUGCGCCAAUAUUCAGCUUUAUGCAUCAGUUUGCCGUGAUUACUCAGACGAAGGUGGAAAUACAGAUCUUGAAAGCCUACUUAAACAGAGAAGCUGGAUCAAGUUGCUCAAAGAACGAGCAUCGGAAGUGGUAAUAAACAUUCAGCGUACCAAUCAAUCGGACAGCUCAGAGACCAAGAGGAUUACAAGUCAAAAUGGGCAUCUGAAUGGUGAUUCACAAGAUGAUGCCAAAUGGAUGGAAACGCUUUUCCAUUUUAUCAUCUCGUCUCUGAAGUCUGGGAGAUCUUCAUUUUUGGUCGAUGUACUCGUUGGUCUUCUUUAUCCUGUAAUAUCCUUGCAGGAAACAUCGAAUAAAGAUUUGUCAACCUUGGCCAAGGCGGCUUUCGAAUUGCUAAAGUGGAGGGUUUUCUGGGAACCUCAUCUUCAGGAGGCUCUAUCUGUGAUUCUUUCUUCAGCCAACGACUCCAACUGGCGAACUAGAUCAGCAACGUUGACAUUUCUUAGAACUUUCAUGUACAGGCACACCUUUAUUCUGUCGAGUGCGGAGAAGCAACAAAUCUGGAGAACUGUUGAGAAGCUACUAGUAGACAGCCAAGUUGAGGUUAGAGAGCAUGCUGCGGCAGUUCUAGCAGGCCUAAUGAAGGGUGGGGAUGAAGAUUUAGCAAAGGACUUUCGCAAUAAAGCGUAUAAGGAAGCAAGUAAUCUUCAAAGGAAACGGAAGCAGAGAAAGUUCAGUUCAAGUCAGUCAAUAGCUUCCACACAUGGUGCUGUUCUUGCAUUGGCAGCUUGUGUGUUAUCCGCUCCUUAUGACAUGCCCAGUUGGUUGCCGGAGCACGUUACGUUACUAGCUCGAUUUGUUGGGGAGGUAUCCCCUGUAAAAUCUACAGUUACAAAAGCGGUUGCGGAGUUCCGGCGAACCCAUGCAGAUACAUGGAAUAUUCAGAAAGAUUCUUUUACUGAAGAGCAACUUGAGGUUCUUGCCGAUACGUCCUCAUCAUCAUCAUACUUUGCUUAAUUUAAAAUAUUAUUUGUAGCGAUUGAAUAGUUUUUAUAUGCAAAGCAUUUGUAGUGAUUGAAUAGUUAUGUUUGUUAACAUUGAUUGAAACUGAGCAAGAAAUAAUGCAACAAAUUUUUUUCC